AGUUUUUGCAUAAUGAAAGUCUGAGUGUAGGGGCGAGGAUACCAGAUCUGGAGAAUAGCUGUGUAAUACUAAGUAUCAGAGAGGCUGAGAGAGAAGAGGGUCAGGAGAUGUGAGGCUGCGGGGGGGAUAGACAGAGGCUGGAUGGAAGGAGAUUCUGUCUGAAGAUGGGAAAUGUUGAGUGAGAAACAGCACAGCUCCUCAAGAGUCUACGAGCGAGUGGAAGAAAGACCAGCCAAAGCCAGGAAAGACCUCCUAAAGAGCCGGAGAGGUAGGUGUGACUUGUAGGAUCGGUCAUCUUCUGAAUGUACACUUUUCCUGGAACCCAAAAACCUAAGCUGGAACCGGAAGAACUUAAAAUGCAUCCUAGGAGAGCCUAUCUAGAACCAGGUUGUGCCAUGUCUGCCUAGAAACCCCCCUUUCCCAAAACCCUUACACCUCAAGGAAGCCCCAAGUUCCCUCCCAGACCAUGGAAUGCAGAAUUUGGAAUUAUGUUUGCACUGAAUCCUAGUGAAGGAAUCGCAACAGUCUUUAGUAGGUGAUGCCAUAGUGUUCCCCCAAAAAAAAAAAAAACCCUGACUUCAGCUGGAGGGUGCAGCCGCUCAUCCAGGGAAACACACAUGCCAGGAGAUUGCAGAGGAAGCAGGAGCAACCUGUUCGGCAGCAGUUUGGAACUUACUAUGGAGCUAUGGUGUUAGGGGCUGACAUCAUGCAGCAGCAUUUCUGGCGUCAUUUGGGUUUGCACAAGGACAAGGCGGACAGAACAUUUGUGCAGUGACUGAAUGAAGAUUGGAGCACAGAGCCCAGCUAGGAGCUGUCCCUUCAGCAUCAUCUCAGGAGCCCGGCUAGGAGCUGUCCCUUCAGCACCUCUAUGAACCCAACCAUGAGCUGUCCCUUCAGCACCACAGAGCCUGGCCAUGAACUGUCCCUUCAGCCUCACAGCCCCUGCACCUAUCACGCUGAAGAAGAAACAAGCUUUGCAGCUGGCAUCACUGUGGCAUCUACCCAUGAGACUGAACACUAGGAAACUUCCAGCUCUGCUCCUCUGAAUCCAAGGAGGCCACCACAAAGUACAUUAGAACUUGUCAAGGGUCAUAGGACAAGUGCAAGGAGCAGACAUUGACUCAAGGUCACCGAACGUGUCCACUUCUCUAAAGUUCUCCAGUCUGGAUUCUUCUGAGUCGCCACCUUUGACCUCACUCCAUCCAGGUUCCUCUCUAGCCAGGAGCCCAAUUACCAUGACCAAGAAUGAGGAUGUGUGACAGAGGUGUUCAGAUGCUAAUAACUACUGUGGGGGCCUUCGCAGCUUUUAGUCUGAUGACCAUCGCGGUGGGCACGGAUUAUUGGCUGUACUCCAGAGGGGUCUGUAAGGCGAAAUCCACCAAUGACAAUGAGACCAGCAAGAAGAACGAAGAGGUGAUGACUCACUCGGGACUGUGGAGGACCUGCUGCCUUGAAGGAGCCUUCAGAGGAAUGUGCAAGAAAAUUGAUCAUUUUCCGGAGGACGCAGAUUACGAGCAGGACACUGCAGAGUAUUUACUGCGGGCUGUACGAGCUUCCAGCAUCUUUCCUAUCCUCAGCGUGGGCCUUCUAUUCUUCGGGGGUCUUUGUGUUGCCGCAAGUGAAUUUUACAAAAACAAGCACAAUGUCAUUCUCAGCGCGGGGAUCUUCUUUGUUUCCGCAGGUCUGAGUAACAUUAUUGGAAUAAUCGUCUACAUUUCUGCCAACGCCGGAGACCCCGGCCAGAGCGACUCCAAGAAGAGCAACUAUUCGUACGGUUGGUCCUUUUAUUUCGGGGCCCUGUCGUUCAUUAUUGCUGAAAUGGUGGGAGUCUUGGCCGUACACAUGUUCAUCGAAAAGCAUCGGCAAAUAAGAGCUAAAUCCCAUUCCGACCUUUUUAAGAAAUCUGCCUUCACCCGGAUACCAAGUUACCGGUAUCGUUUCCGCAGGCGUUCCAGCUCCCGUUCUACAGAGCCUCGCUCUAGAGACCCUUCCCCCGUAGGCAAAAGUUUUAACCCCAUUCCCACCAGCGACAUCUCCCUCUAUACCUUAACUGCCCGAGAUCCUACCAAGAUGACUGUGGGUUCCUUACUGAAUUCCGAGAGGGAGCAUAACUUUCUUCAAGUUCACAACUCCAUCCCUAAAGACUACAAGGAGUCCCUACACAACAAUCCUUCCAACAGGCGCACUACACCAGUCUGAAGCCUGUCUUAUCGGGGGAGGGAAACGUGACCUAUAAAAUUAUGGUGGCCACCGGAGAACUGUCACGGAGCUGUUUACUCGUUACAUGUAAUUUUGAAUUUAAAAAAAUAAACACAAAGCACACAACUGCGGUAGGCAAAAAACUCCACAACGCCCGUCAUUUCCUGUUCUGGAAUGUCAUUUCCUGUAACGGAAUGUUACAACAAUGCCGGAGUUUGUUGGAGCGACCUGUCGGAUGUUAGGACGACUGCCUAUGUUAUAUAAAUGUUUGUGUUUUAGGAAGAUGUAGGAACAUUUUAUAAGAAUCUCUAGGUAUGUUUUUUUUUAAGGUUACACCUUAAACAUCCACCAAGAAAUGCACUCUUUCGAGGCCGAAGUUAAGGGCCAUCGGUCAUCGAGUCAACCCCCUUUCAACAAGAAAGCUCAAUACUUGUGCAUCGUUUAUACCGUUUAAGGGGUAUGGAUGGAGAUGUCCCGUCCCUCCCCCCAAAAAAAGUUAAAAUUUUUUUUUAUUUAGAUUUUAAAGUUUUAAAAUUGCUUACUUUUUUCUCGGAGAAGUAGAAACAGGACAAUGAAAAUAUCCUCCUAAUGAUUGUAUAGCCAAACUUUUUUGAGUUAUAGCCAAGAGACGGUGGAUUCCAUCACACCAGGGAGUGUGUAGUGCCUGUCUAGAAUAUAUUAUACAAAAGAAAUACACAACGAAGAAUCUACUGUACGUUGCACACAUUGUAUGUGUUGAGAAAUGUGAUGCUAGAUGAUCUUCCCCUACGCGACGUUCUGGAGGGUUUUUAAAGUGCUGUUUUGACAAGUGUGGGGGUGGCGCUGAUGGGUACACUAUAGUCGAAGAGACACCGCGGGCCAAUCGGAGAACAUAAACUGUGCAUCAACAAAUUUCGUGAUGGUUACCAGGCAGGAUUCUUUAUCUUUUUUUUUUUUUUUUUGGCGCGUGCAACAAAGUGAGAUUGAGACUUUGUGGAGAACGGAACAUGUCCCCUUGAUAUUAUUAGUCCUAAGAUGUGGCGGUACAGCUCAACCAAUUUGAUGCCUACGGGUGGUGAAGGACUUCAUGGCCCAAACUGUGGCUUCCAGUGGAAUGGUAGAUAGACUUGGAAUGUGUAUGCAUUUCCAUGGAGAUUACAAGGCAAAAAUACUGAACGGCGAUGAGUGGGAGAGAUUCCUGUUUGGGCUCCAAGUCAACAUUCCAAUAUUUUUUUGGUUAUAUAACUAAUUAUAAUAAAUAAUAGCAAACA